UUCACUAACCUCAAACUCUUCGACUAACAUUAAAUAAUUUUAACCGAAAUUGAAAGAAGUUAGUCUUUGUGGUUAAUCAUUUUUCACCGAAGUUCACCCCAGUUAUUACGUUAUUUUUUUUAUACAGUUGUCAGCUGAUGCAAAUGUCAACUCACUGAACGACUGAUUUACAACUGUUUACAAAGAGAGACCUGGUUGGAAAUACUCUGAACAAAACAUGGCUUCUCGGGGGAAAUCGGAAACUGGAAAAUUGAGGCAAAAUAUGGAAGAACAACUUGACAGACUGAUGCAGCAACUUCAGGAUCUGGAGGAAUGCAGGGAAGAAUUGGAUGAAGAAGAGUAUGAGGAGACAAAAAAUGAAACAUUAGAGCAGCUGAGUGAAUUCAAUGACUCUUUGAAGAAGAUCAUGACAGGAGAUAUGACACUUGUGGACGAACUAAGUGGAAUGCAGCUGGCAAUCCAGGCUGCCAUCAGCCAGGCAUUCAAAACCCCGGAAGUGAUUCGACUUUUUGCAAAGAAGCAGCCAGGACAGCUGAGGACCAGACUAGCAGAGAUGGAUCGAGAUGUCAUGGUGGGGAAACUAUCUCGGCAUGUGUACACCCAGCAGAAAAUGGAAAUCCUCACAGCCUUGAGAAAACUUGGAGAGAAGCUCACUUCAGAGGAUGAGACUUUUCUCACUGAAAAUGCCACAGCCACUCUGAGCCAGUUUGAAAAAGUGACUGCAAACUCAGGCUCUGAAGACAAAAUAAUGGCUUUGGCUAGCUCUGGAGUGAAAACAAAUGCGUAGUUGUUUUACAGAAUGUUAAUAUUAAGUCCUUUUUUAUUAUCCAGACAAGAAAUGUGCCAAUUGAUCAUUGAUUUUGUAAACAAUCAAUGCACUUGUAGGUGUUUCUGAAUAUCCUAACACUUUUUAAGCAGUAUUGUUUAACAGUCCUAAGAUUUGUAAAUGGCUUUUAUUCGUCCAUGUAAGUAUUGAUUGUAUCAAUGGUACAAAGAUUUGAUUUGUUGAAUGUGAAGGUUUGUACAUGAAUGUGAACAGGCAGUUCAAGAGAAAAGUUA